CGGCCUUCUCCCCUCGCACAGACUGUACACGUUUUAACAAGAGAUACAAGGUUUCCUGCUUUCUGAUACAAUCAAAGUAGCAAGCAAGCAAUUGCGCCAGUUGUAUCCAUGUGAUUUCUUUGUUAGAACAGUUUUUAACGCGAUCAGGGAACAUUUCUGUGCCGGCCAAGGAUUCUGUGUGUGCGAAGAGCUACGCGUGUUCGCCGCUUGUAAGUAGGUUGGAAGAAGGUCCAAGGACGAGCCAGUCGGUGUAAAUCUCGUUUCAAUAUUUACGUCAGCCGUCUCUCCAGCUGGGAGGAUGACAUAGAUGAGGGGUUCCGAGCAAGUGGUCUUGCAGGGUAUAUUUCUUCCGAGCGGUGGUAGGAGGCAAGAGAGAGACGGCGCCGGAGAAAGCAAUGACGGCGCUAUCCGGCGGCAGCUGCUGGGCCCAGUACCUGUGGACGUUCCAAGUCGUGUCCCACUUGGCCCUCGUUGCCCCGGCGACCGGGGCCCAGCCCCUCUUCAGGACCUUCAACAUCACCGACACCAGCCUCACCCACUUGGCGGUCCACGAGAAAACCGGCGUGGUCUAUGUGGGGGCCAUCGACAGGAUCUACAAGCUGGCAGACAACUUGACCGUGCUGCGCUCACAUGUGACGGGCCCCGUGGAAGACAACGAGAGGUGCUACCCUCCGCCCAGUGUACAGUCCUGUCCCCACCCCCUUACCCUCACCCGCAAUGUCAACAAGCUCCUGCUCAUCGACUACACCCAGAACCGGCUGAUCGCCUGCGGCAGCACCUUCCAGGGAAUCUGCCAGUUCCUCCGUCUGGAUGACCUCUUCAAGCUCGGCGAGCCCCACCACCGCAAGGAGCACUACCUGUCCAGCGUCAACGAAGCCGCCACCAUGUCGGGCGUGAUCAUCGCCGGCCCCAACGGUACCAACAACAAGCUGUUCAUCGGCACGCCCAUCGACGGCAAGUCUGAGUACUUCCCCACCCUUUCCAGCCGUAAGCUGAUGGUCAACGAGGAGAACGCGGAGAUGUUCGGCUUCGUCUAUCAGGACGAGUUUGUGUCGUCCCAGCUGAAAAUCCCGUCGGACACCCUCUCCAAAUUCCCGGCCUUCGACAUCUAUUACAUCUACAGCUUCAGCAGCGAGCAGUUCGUUUACUACCUGACCCUUCAACUUGACACCCAGCUGACGUCGCCCGAUUCGAGCGGCGAGCAGUUCUUCACCUCGAAGAUCGUCCGGCUGUGCGUGGGUGACCCCAAGUUUUACUCUUACGUCGAGUUUCCCAUCGGUUGCCUGAAAGACGGCGUGGAGUAUCGGCUCAUUCAAGAUGCCUACCUGGCCAAGCCGGGCAAGUUCCUGGCUCGCUCCCUGAAGGUGUCUGAGAAGGAGGAUAUCCUCUUCACCGUCUUUUCCCAAGGGCAGAAGAACCGGAUGAAACCGCCCAAGGAGUCGGCUCUUUGCCUGUUCACGUUGAGGAAAAUCAAGGAGAAGAUUAAGGAGAGGAUCCAAUCCUGCUACAGGGGGGAAGGGAAGCUCUCGUUGCCCUGGCUGCUCAACAAGGAACUGGCCUGUAUUAAUUCCCCCUUGCAGAUUGACGAUGACUUCUGCGGACAAGACUUCAACCAGCCUGGUGGGACGACCCUGGUAGAGGGCAUCCCGCUCUUUGUCGACGGAGAGGACGGCAUGACGUCCAUCGCUGCUUACGACUACAGGGGCCACUCGGUGGCCUUCUUUGGGACCAGGAGCGGGAAGAUCAAAAAGGUUUUGGUUGACUCAGUGGUUGCUGGUUCCGGAGGUCCGAUGCUGUACGAGAAUGUUACCAUCGCCGAGGGCAGCCCCAUACUCCGCGACCUGGUCUUCAGUCCCGAUUACCAGUACAUCUACGCCAUGACCGACAAGCGAGUGAGCCAGGUGCCGGUGGAGAGUUGCGAGCAGUACAAGAGCUGUGAGGUGUGUCUGGGCUCCCGAGACCCGCACUGUGGCUGGUGUGUCCUGCAUAAUGUGUGCUCUCGUAAGGACAAGUGUGACCGGGCAAACGAGUAUCAACGCUUUGCCUCCAACUUGCGGCAGUGCGUCCAGCUGAGCGUGCAGCCUCGGAACAUCUCCGUCACCACCUCCGAGGUUCUGUUAAUUCUACAAACCCGCAAUGUUCCCGACCUUUCCACCGGAGUCAACUGUUCCUUUGAGGACUUCACAGAGACAGAGGGUCGGAUCAUGGAUGGUCGGAUCUACUGCCGCUCCCCCUCUGCCAAGGACAUCGUCCCCAUCACCAAAGGCCAGGGAGACAAGCGAGUGGUGAAGUUGUACCUCAAGUCGAAGGAGACCGGCAAGAAGUUUGCCAGCACGGACUUUGUGUUCUACAACUGCAGCGUUCACCAGUCUUGUCUCUCCUGUGUCGACGGCUCCUUCCCCUGCCAUUGGUGCAAGUACCGCCACAUCUGCACCCAGAACGCGGCGGACUGCUCCUUCCAAGAGGGCCGAGUGAACAUGUCGGAGGACUGCCCGCAGAUCCUGCCCUCCACGGAGAUCUUCAUCCCGGUGGGGGUGGUGAAGCCAAUCACGCUGGCUGCCAAGAACCUGCCCCAGCCUCAGUCAGGGCAACGGAGCUACGAGUGCAUCUUCAACAUUCAGGGGACCGUGCACCGUGUGCCGGCUCUACGGUUCAACAGCACCAGGGUGCAGUGCCAGAACACCUCGUACAUGUAUGAAGGAAACGACAUCAGCGACCUUCCUGUGGACCUCUCCGUCGUGUGGAACGGGAACUUUGUCAUCGACAACCCAGCCAACAUUAAAGCUCACCUGUACAAGUGCACUGCCCUGCGGGAGAGCUGUGGACUUUGCCUGAAGGCCGACCCGAAGUUCGAGUGCGGCUGGUGCGUGCUGGAGAAGAGGUGCGUGCUUCAUUCCGACUGCCAGACGCCAGGGAGCAACUGGAUGCACCAAAGCAGUGGCAAUAGCAGAUGCACCGAUCCCAGGAUCACCAAGCUGGUGCCGGAGACGGGACCCAAGGAAGGAGGAACGAGACUGACCAUCACCGGCGUGAAUCUGGGCCUGACGUUCUCCGAAAUCCGAUACGGGGUGCAUGUGGGACGAGUCCGCUGCAAUCCCAUUCCAGAGGAAUACAUCAGCGCUGAGCAGAUCGUGUGUGACAUGGAGCAGGCCAUGCCACAAGUGGCUGACAAAGGUUAUGUGGAGGUUUGUGUUGUGGACUGCAAUGACGAUUACCGAGCGAUCUCCUCUGAACCCUUCACCUUCGUGACGCCAAGGUUUAACAAAGUGGUCCCCUCCCAAGGGCCCGUAUCCGGGGGCAGCCGAGUGACAAUCAUGGGCGUCCACCUCGAUGCUGGCAGUUCCGUGGAGGCUUACAUCGGAGAUACGGGAAUCUGCCAAUUCGAAAGGAGGACUUCAGGGGAGAUUAUUUGUGUGACAUCUGCCUCGACCAGGGGCACAGGUCCAGCAUCAAUCCGGGUCCACAUCAACAGGGCUCAACUGCAAAACCCCAACGUUAAGUACAACUACACAGACGAUCCCACCAUUUCCAAAAUUGAGCCAGAAUGGAGCAUUUCCAGUGGUGGGACUGCACUCAUUGUAACAGGGACCAACCUCGCCACAAUCCAGGAGCCCAGGAUUCGAGCGAAGUACGGCAAAGUGCAGUCGACAAACGAAUGCCGAGUGUUGAACGACACGGCCAUGGUUUGCAAAGCCCCCUCCAUCGCAGACGGCGGGCGCAACUCGUUGGACAGCCCGGCUCAGCCAGACGAGGUGGGCUUCGUCAUGGAUAACGUUCAGUCAGUGCUCAUCAUCAACGGGACAGGAUUCACCUACUACCCUGAUCCCUCCUUCGAGCUGCUGAGUCCCUCUGGGUCACUGGAGCUGAAGCCCAGCUCCCCGGUUAUACUGAAGGGGCGGAACUUGAUACCCAGUGCGCCAGGCAACGUCAAGCUGAACUACACGGUGUUGAUCGGGGACAACCCCUGCGUGCUGACGGUCUCGGAGACUCAGCUCCUGUGUGAACCUCCCAACCUGACCGGCGAGCAUAAAGUCUUGAUCCAGGUAGGGGGGCUGGAGUUCUCUCCUGGGGUCCUCCACAUUUACUCGGACAGCCUGCUGACCCUCCCUGCCGGUUUCGGCAUCGGGGGAGGCGGCCUCCUGCUUCUACUCAUCAUCGUCAUUGUGCUCAUCGCCUACAAGAGGAAGUCUCGGGACGCCGACCGCACUCUGAAGCGUCUCCAGCUGCAGAUGGACAACCUGGAGUCCCGGGUGGCUUUGGAGUGCAAGGAAGCUUUUGCUGAGCUGCAGACUGACAUCCACGAACUCACCAGCGAUCUGGAUGGUGCCGGGAUUCCAUUCCUCGAUUACCGAACCUACGCGAUGAGAGUCCUUUUCCCAGGAAUAGAGGAUCACCCAGUGCUCAAGGAGAUGGAGGUGACGGCCAACGUGGAGAAGGCCCUGAUGCUCUUUGGACAGCUGCUCAACAAGAAGGUCUUCCUGCUGACCUUCAUCCGCACCCUGGAGGCUCAGCGAAGCUUCUCGAUGCGGGACCGAGGCAACGUGGCCUCGCUGAUCAUGACGGCCCUCCAGGGCGAGAUGGAAUACGCCACCGGUGUCCUCAAGCAGCUCCUCUCCGACCUGAUAGAGAAGAACCUGGAGAGCAAGAACCACCCGAAACUGCUGCUGAGAAGGACUGAGUCGGUUGCGGAGAAGAUGCUAACCAAUUGGUUUACCUUCCUGCUGUACAAGUUCUUGAAGGAGUGUGCAGGGGAGCCCCUCUUCAUGCUGUACUGUGCCAUCAAGCAGCAGAUGGAGAAAGGACCAAUCGACGCUAUCACAGGCGAAGCUCGCUACUCGCUGAGCGAGGACAAGCUCAUCCGCCAGCAGAUUGACUACAAGACAGUGACCCUGAACUGUGUGAACCCCGACAAUGAGAACGCCCCCGAGAUCCCGGUCAAGGUGCUGAACUGCGAUACGGUCAUGCAGGUGAAGGACAAGUUGUUGGACGCCUGUUACAAGGGCGUCCCGUACUCUCAGCGACCCAAGGCAGCGGACAUGGACCUCGAAUGGCGGCAGGGAAGGAUAGCACGGAUAAUUCUCCAGGACGAAGAUGUGACAACGAAGAUAGAUAAUGACUGGAAACGUCUGAACACCCUGGCACACUACCAGGUCACAGAUGGAUCGUUGAUAGCACUUGUACCGAAACAAACCUCAGCCUAUAACAUAUCCAACUCCUCCACCUUCACCAAAUCUCUCAGUCGCUACGAGAGCAUGCUGAGAACAGCCAGCAGCCCCGACAGCCUCCGCUCUCGGACACCCAUGAUCACUCCCGACCUGGAGAGUGGCACCAAACUCUGGCAUCUGGUCAAGAACCAUGACCACAUGGACCAGAGGGAAGGAGACCGGGGCAGCAAGAUGGUGUCCGAGAUCUACCUGACACGCCUGCUCGCUACCAAGGGAACCCUGCAGAAGUUUGUGGAUGACCUGUUUGAGACGAUAUUCAGUACAGCGCACAGGGGCAGCGCCCUCCCUCUUGCCAUCAAGUACAUGUUUGACUUCUUAGAUGAACAGGCAGACAAACACCAGAUCACCGACCACGACGUCCGGCACACCUGGAAGAGUAACUGUCUACCUCUACGAUUUUGGGUGAACGUAAUUAAGAAUCCACAGUUUGUCUUUGACAUUCACAAGAACAGUAUUACCGACGCCUGCCUCUCAGUGGUAGCCCAGACCUUCAUGGAUUCCUGUUCUACCUCUGAGCACAAGCUGGGCAAGGACUCGCCCUCAAAUAAACUGCUGUACGCAAAAGACAUUCCAAACUACAAGAACUGGGUGGAGAGGUACUAUGCCGAUAUCUCGAAGAUGCCCGUGAUCAGCGACCAGGACAUGAGUGCCUAUCUGGCCGAGCAGUCUCGACUACACUUAAGCCAGUUCAACAGCAAUAGCGCACUCCACGAAAUCUACACCUACAUCAAUAAGUACAGGGACGAGAUCUUGUCGACUCUGGAGAAGGACGAGCAGGCGAGGAGGCAGAGGCUGCGUAGCAAACUGGAUCAAGUGAUUGAUGCUAUGGCUUGUAGCAGCUGAGACACCCGUCGGAGAGGAGAGAGGCAGGAGGGUGGGGGGGGAGGGGGAGGGAGGUGAGGUGGGCAGAGAGAGAGGCUCGGUUGACGCCCAGCACCUGGGAGAUGACUGAGCCCCCGUGCGUGUGUGUGUUUGGGUGGGGGAGAGGGGGGGGUGGUGUCGGGAGGGUGGGGGACUGAGGGGACGGGUGGAAGAGAACCGUAAAUCGAGCAGUGUGCACAUUGGGUCCGGCGGGGUCGAGGCACGUGGGGGUUGCCGCCCAGGUUCCCGCGCCCGGCAUAAAGCCCACCCCCCCCCCCCCCCCAGUCCCCGGUUACAUGACCAGGGGUCAGGGAGAGAGAGAGGACCAGGGGUCACCAAGAUGCUGGGACUUCCACUGGGACUGCUAAUUCCCUCCUGGCUCCUCUUAACAGUUAGUGUUACUGCUAAAUUUGCACAAUUUAUGAUUUAAAAAAAAGGAAGAAAAAAAUAGAAAAAAGAAAUAUUUCCACUUUUAAAAUGAUUGAUAUAGAAUUGAGUUCCAUGAGCUUUGAUAUUUCCAAUGUUCUGUGCCAUUGUUUUCAUUUAAAUGUUCUUUAGUGAAAUACUUGUUAGUUGAAUUGUGUGGUAUAAUUUAAAUGUAACAUGCCUAGUGACUGAUGGUGAUAAAAGGAUUUUUAAAAAAAAAGAAUGAAACUGUCUUGGGAUUGGGUGGGGGGGGGGAGUGGAGAGGAAGUUAUCGAGAAGAAUGUGAGGAGAAAGAGUGAGGAACAGUUAGAGAGUGCAUGAGAGAGAGAGAGCACAAAGUGGGCCUUGUGGGAAAAGAUGGCCUCAAAGUUAGCACCAUGAUUUUAUUCUUCCACAACCUCCAUCCAUUGGUAUUGUUCCUCCUGACGGCAUCUGCAGUAACAAACAGGAUGCGUUUGGUGUCGUUUUUAUCUUGGGAGGGCUUGUGGGUGAGGAGGGCGAUGGAGGUUCCCGGAUAUCGAAAUGGCUUCCUUUGCCAAUGGUUUGCCAUCAACGUGUCAUUGGGAAUGAGACGGGGGGGGGGGGGGUGGGGGGGGAGCAUCAUGUCAGAAGUGCUCCUUUUAAAAGGCAACCGCUCUUGGGAUUUUGCUUCCACUCUCAUACAGGUUUAAACAAAAAAGCUAUUGUAUUUUGGCUGCCCUUGGGUGCCAGCAUGCACAAGUCAUCCCAGAUUGGGUUUAGCCCAAGCUACGUUGUCAAACAGUCCUCCCCUCCCUGACUCCACUGCUCCCACCACCUCAGCCAUCCUAACUGCAGAGAGAUGGAAGCCUCUGCCAAUGAAGAACAAGUACUCCAUAACAUUCGUCCCCAACUCCUGAAGCAAUCGGAACCCACCCGAGACUUUUCUUUUUAAUGAUGCUUGAUUUCAGUGUUAUGAAGGAAAUGCCUACUGUACUGUUGUCUCAUCAUCUCUUGCUACUUGUUUACUGCUCUUGGAUGGCUGGUGCAAAGCAUUAAACAGGGAGUGCACAAUGUUCUCCUUUUCUCCAGAUGUAUCUGAAUGGCACUGGUUGAGGUGCAGGAGCCUGGUCCAGGGAUGGGUGUAUGUUAUUUUCAAGUGAGGAACUUAUGCUUUUUACUUAAUUUAUUCGGGGGAAGGGGGGUGGUGUUUCUUCCCAUCCCUUGUUUGUUAAGAUGGUGUUGAUUGUGGGGCAUCUUAUGUUGACCACUUCAGAGACGAGUGAGGAGUCGCGCUUCACAUCAGAGACACAGGAGAUACGGCAGAUGCUGGAAUCUGGAGCAAAAAACAAUCUGCUGGAGGAACUCAGCGGGUGGUGGCCUCUCUACAGCUUUUGCUUGACCUUCUGAGUUCUUGCAGCAGUUUGGUACUUGCUCCAAGUUUCACAUUAGUGUGGGAACUCGAAUCACAUAUCGCCAAGGGCUGGGUGAAGAUGGCAGGUUUCCUGGUUUAACAGUACAUUAGUCAACUGGAGUGCUGAAGGAGCUUCAGAAACACUGUCAUCGAGACCGGCAUUUUAACCAUUAGAAGGAGUUGGAUUCAAAUUCUCAAUUGCUGCCUUAGAUAUUAUUAUUGGACGAUUAGCCCAGUAAGAUGGUCACCAGUCAGCUGGGCAGCAAACACAAUCUAGUUCUGCAUAAUCCGAUACGAUGAGUGAAUCCACUCAUUGGCUUUGUCCUUCUCUGUCCAAGGCUGAUAGACUGAGGUUGCCUCGGUCUAGAGUCUUGAUUGACAAGAACAUUCCAGAGUUUUUUUUGGAGAGUCAGUGAAGGUCACCCGGAGUGGAACUGCACCAAGCUUGGUGUUGGAUGGCUCUCUGAAGUCCCAUUUCAAAGCCUGCUCCUUCCCAAGAAAGGAAUGUGUAGAUACUUCAACACCACCUAUUCACAGUUCUAUUUGUUCUCUAACACUAUUUUCAAUGAAUUGACUUCACGCUGGGUUGAAAGAGGGUGGGGGUGGUGUGGAGGAUGUAACAGGAAGACAAGGAAGCUGAGAUGUCACCAGAUAGUCUUGGGUCUAUCACGCGGCAGCUGUCCAGGUGGAGGGCGCAGCACUGGAGAGUGACUGUCCAAAAAGCUGGAUCUUUUCUUCACCUUCUUUCUUGCUUCACUUUGAGAAAGAAAGUGCCUUGAUUUAACAAGUCAAGCUGAUGCUGUCAGGGUACAACACUUGAAUGUUGCUCCUCAUAUUCGCCUCACAUCACACACAAUCCUGAUUUGGGAAUUCCUCGGCUGUUUUUCAUUGCCACUGGGUCAAAGUUCAGAACAGCACAGAUUGUGUAUGUUGAAGGAGAUGACUUUCUGGAGGUCAAUAACCACUGGUCUGACCAGUGCUGCCCACAAUCUCUUUCCUCACUGUUAACAACUGUGUUCCUUUAAUGAGACCUGAAGAACUUGCUUGACUUGUCAAGUUAAUGGAAUGUGCUUCAGCGCUGUCUUUCGCUAGCUCCGUCCCUUUGUGUUAUGUCCUGUCUGUUGGUCCAAGAGGCUGCAUCCCUGCUGGGUUGGGAGAACACCUUUUCCCUUCCCACACGUCCCAUUGGGCCCUAGUCCUUGAAGAUCUCAAAGCUCAGCUGCCAAUUGAAUUACCCGUGAAGAGCAGCGGCCGCACUUGUCAGACUGGGCAACCAGUUGGUUUGUGGCAAGCCUCUCCAACACCAGUAAGAUAGACCGGGUCAUCUGUGUUCAGAGGUGUUGAUUAAGGAUGUAGCAUUCCUCUGGGAUAUCUGAUAAACUCCUUUCAGACAGUACCAUGGGGAUCUUUUGUGUCAAACCGAACAGGUAUUUGAGGCCUCAAUCUAACCUUUCUGACUGUCAUACUUGUUCAGUACAUCACUGGACGUACUGUGACAAGUCAUCCUGGAUUGUGUGUUCAAGGUGCUUGGGCGAGAUAGGACAUCACUACUUCCCUGUGAGUGUGUUCAGUCGGACGGGAAGCAGCUAUUGGAAGAGAUGCCAAAGUAUCGAUAGCUGAAGCUGUUGCCGAUCAUUGUUCCCGUGUCCCUCCAUUCCAUGUCAAUGUUUCACCCUGUCAAGCCCGCGGGUGUAGCUCUAACACAGUUAAUGCCCCAUUUCCCUCGUGACUCAAACCCCCACUGGGUAACAAAUCCCUUCAGGAAUGCUGGAAAAAUCCUGCUCACUGGCUCUUUGCCGUUUAACAUUCAGUGCAGAUCUAACCAAUGAGAUCACAGCCUCAUUCAGCAAAGAGACCUAAUGCUGUUGUUGGGGCUAUUGGAAUAGAGCAGGGAGCAGUCACUGGCUUGUAGUUGAUGUUGGGCAUUGCUUUGGAAGCGGGUGCAGAAGGAGAAUUCUGAUCCAUCUGCUAGACCGGUGGAUGCUAGGCUGGGGAAUGAUAGGAGCAUCUUUACUUUGGAACCCUAGAAGAGAGUUCACCACUGAUCAUUAGAUGCCAGAAUUGAGAAGGAGCUCCAUUUAUCGGGCUGUUCUGGGAGAAAAAAAUUAGUCAUCCCUGUUUAAAAAUGGUUGGGAUUAAUCAUCUAAACCUCAGUGGGAGAGUCUCAUUUUGUUAAAAGCAUCGCAUCUUGAAACCAAUUCCAAAGGCCUGAGAAACAGCAUCAUCAUUUUCUUCCCCAGCUGUCUGUCCCUGAGUCUCCCAAUUCACACGGAGAGCACCGUUGACUUGCCUAUGGUGAGCUGCAGACGGCCCAGCUUGCUGCCUGGUGAACCUCUAAAGGGCCGACCUCUGAAUCUCGAUGAAGGCGUGCUCGCUGUUCAGUGAGUGUCUGCCGUAGCGUACACUGACAUCUCCUGUGUGAUACCUUUACCAGAAGGCUGCCUAUUGUUAAAAGGCUAAAGCUAGGCAGUUCCCUUGCACCUUGCCAGUUUGUCACCCACACUGCUGAAAGUGACUGAAAUUAAUUUUAUGCAUAUAGUUUUAUAUGCAACUAACCUCCACUCACUGAAUUGUCCUGAAGUGAAUCCCUUGUUUUUUUAGUGGUAGAAGUUGUAGUUUCUGUUUACUCUGCACUGUUUCGAAGUAAGUUCUUUCCGGUCUCUGUAUCAUAUCAUAUGGUGAUUCACCUCCAAUUCCUCGGAGGCACAAGAUGCUGGAAUCUGGAGCAAAUAAAGAGCUGCUGGAGGGAACCCAGCGGGCCAGGCAGCAUCUGUGGAGGGAGAUGGACAGUCGACAUUUCGGGUCGAGACCCCUUCAUCUCUCUGC